AUGAUUUAUCAAAACUGUUUCAUUCAUCUAUUAAAAAAACGUUCGAUUCAAAUAAACUUAUCAUUUAUACGGCAUGCACGGCCAUUUAAAAAGAAAUGGAUGUUUUCCUCGCAUCAUGGUUCACAUUCAAAUGAACUUGCUUUAGAAUACUUUGAUUUUGCUUAUCCACUUAUAUUUCAUCGUCAUUGGCCAUCUAUACGUCUUGCAUUACUUAGUUUACCUAAACCUAUUGCAUUGAUUAAUCCGCAUUCGCUUUCAAAUAAAAAUACUCAAGAAAAACUACUUCAACAAGGUGCUGUAGAUAUGUUAAGAUUUGAUAAUGAAAAAUUACGUGAAGAUUAUGCUUUAAUACAAGAAAAUAUUUCGAAAAGUGAUCAUGAAUUUGGAAUUAAAAGAUUACUGGAGCAAAAAGAAAAUCGUAGACUACUAGGCACAAGUGAUUUAGUUAAUGAACAACAAGAAGAAAUUGAUGAUGGAGACGACGAUGAUGAAGAUGAUGAUGUGAAUACAUUUAAUCAACCAGAACCUGUUAAACGACUUGAUGAGAUUUAUAAACAGGCACUUGAACAACAGGUUCAAUCGGUGAUUAAAGGAAAUAUUGUUCCCAUUGUUGAUGAUGAUAAAGAACGAGAUUAUAAGAAAAUGCCUCCAUCAUGGAAUGUUUAUACAUUUCCACGUAGUAACAUGUCCAGAUUUGCAUCAGCUAAAAUCGAUGAAUUAGGUUUAUUGGAUUAUUACUGCAUGGAUGGGGCUUGCGUUCUUCCUGUAAUUGCACUCGAUGUUCAACCGUAUCAUACGGUACUUGAUUUAUGUUCAGCGCCAGGCGGAAAAGCAUUGAAUAUUUUUCAUAAUUGUCCUUUCAUUCAAUUAACAUGUAAUGAUAGUGAUCAUUCACGUUCAAAACGUUUAACUGAAGUGUUUACUCGAACAAUACCAAAAGAUACAUUAGCUAAAUCUGUAAGACUAGUUAGAGGAGAUGGUUGUUUAUUUGGCGAAAGAGAACCAGCAAGUUUUGAUCGAGUUCUUGUUGAUGUUCCAUGUACAAGUGAUCGUCAUGCUUUAGCAACUGCUUUCAAUGUAUUCUCGAGAAAACGUAUUCAAGAACGAGUUGAAUUGCCGACAUACCAACGAAAAUUACUUGAAUCGGCUAUUCGAGCUUGCAAACCGGGUGGCAUUGUUGUUUAUUCAACGUGUACAUUGGCACCUGUUCAGAAUGAAGGCGUAGUUGAACAAGCAAUUGAGAAUUUAGCCUUGAGACCAUCAAAUAAAAGAUAUCACGGCGGUCAUAAAGGAUCUGAUCCAAUCAAUUGUGAAAUUGUUUCAACGAAAUCAUUAGAAAAACAUUAUGCGUACUUUUUUGAUUUUCAUGCUAAAACACAUUAUGGUAGUCUUGUUUUACCACAUAUUUCGAAUAAUUUUGGUCCACUGUAUUUUUGUAAAAUUCGAAGGAUCAAUUAA